UUGCUCCGGUUGUUCUCUUCUGCAAGGAACAGAACUCGUAGCAAUGGUAUUUGGCAGCUGCAGCCGCGUCUCAUUGAUGCUGGGGAUCAUGGCACAGGCCCUGGGGCACCAGGGUGCCGGCCACGCGGGCUGCUUCGUGCGCCGGGGGAACGAGAUGCUCGCAGUGAAGCUCACCUACGAUGGUCGGAAGUACGACAUCCCUGGAGGGCAGACGAAUUGGAAGGAGCCGGCCUCCCGCACCGCGGUUCGAGAGACCUGGGAAGAGUCCGGAUACCGCGUCACCGCAGGCAAACACUUGGCCACCGUGCGCGGGGGAUUCCACAUCUACGAGUGCUUCCUCGAGGACGGAAACCCCGGCAAAGGGCCGGACCAUGAGAUUUCCGAGGUCAAGUGGAUGAGCAAAGGUGAUGUGCAGCAUCAGAUGAACCGCGGCAUGUGGCGCUUUCAGCGUUCGCAGGCCUACCUCUACCUUCGCUGGCUCGGUGGGAGAUCCUCCACUGAGAGCACGAACACCUCCGAGGUGGCACAGAACACCUCGGUGCAGAUGAUGCCAAAUGCCACCAAUGCCACGGAGGGCCCACGCAGGCUGUUUUUGCUCGUAUAGGCGGGACCCGAAGUAGAAAGUGUGUAAAAGCGUGUGAGGGGGCGAGUCCUGCGGCGGUGAGGAAGUUGGAGAAGCAGCGCCGCUACCGUGGCGGCAUCAAGUCAGGU